AAGAUAAAAAUUUUAAUACCACAUCCCUUGAGCUCAUCAUAACAUCCAAAUCGACAAUUCUCUCUAGCCGUAACACUAUUGAAAGAGUCUAAGGACGUCAUCUGACAUAUUCAAGACCUUAAAUCAAAUCUUAUCAACACUAUUAUUAAUGUCCUUAACGAGUACUUUCAUUACUUAUUUCUAAGAAAUGUAUCAAAUGCUUAGACGUAAGUAUGUAACCUUAUACAAACUAAAUCAUUUUCUUUAAUAAAAAAUUAAAAAAAAAAACAAAAAAAUCAAAGGAAAGGUGCACAAUAUGACGGUGUGUAACGAUUAUACCCUAUCACUCUCUCUCACUUUCAACGACUUGACGUCCAAGCAACCUCUCUCUUAUGUGUAGAAAAUACUCUCUUUUUACGCUUUUCCCAUCUCUCUUUCUCUCUCCUCAAUCUCCUCCUUUCUCUCUCUACAAUUUUACCUGCAAAUCCCUCCAUUUAUACCCAUUUCCCAAUUACUUCAAACCCCACAAAAUUAUUAUUAUUAUUAUUAUUUCUUCUUUUUUUUUUCUCAUUUUUUGGGGUUUAAUAAACUUCAUUUUUCUGGGUAGAUUUUCUUUUGCUGUAUUUUUUUGGGUGAUUGAAAGGUAUGAAAUGACAUGGUGCAACAUUAAUAACCCUUCUACUAGUAGUAAUAUCAAUAUUAACACUAAUAAUGAUGAUAUUAACAUCAAUAACUUCAAUAUAAUUACUGAAAAAUCAUCUUCUAAUGAUGAUAUUAAUAAACAUGGUGGAAUUUUAAAUUCCAAAAUUAACCCUCUUCAUACUAUCUCUUGCCCUUCUUGUGGUCAUCACUUACCCCUUCAAGAUAAGGGAGCUGGGGGAAUAAAUGAUUUACCAGGGUUACCUGCAGGGGUGAAGUUUGAUCCAACUGAUACAGAAAUUUUAGAACAUUUAGAAGCUAAAGUGAAGUCUGAUUUGGGUAGGUUACAUCCUCUCCUUGAUGAAUUCAUACCUACUAUCGACGGCGAAAACGGAAUUUGUUACUCUCAUCCUGAGAAAUUACCAGGUGUGAGCAAAGAUGGUGUGAUGCGACACUUCUUUCACUGCCCUUCAAAGGCAUACACAACAGGAACAAGAAAGCGAAGAAAGGUCCACACUGAUGAAGACGGCGGAGAGACAAGAUGGCAUAAGACGGGCAAAACUCGACCCAUACUCAUCAAUGGCGCGGUUAAAGGCUUCAAGAAGAUUCUAGUAUUGUACACAAACUACGGAAGACAAAGAAAGCCAGAGAAGACAAACUGGGUAAUGCAUCAAUAUCACAUUGGCCAAAAUGAAGAAGAAAGAGAUGGCGAAUUUGUCCUUUCAAAGGUGUUCUAUCAAACACAACCUAGACAAUGUGGUUCAACUAUCAAAGAAGUACCUCAAGAUGUUGAACAUCCUGCAUUGAUCAAGGCCCCUCUCAAUUAUUACCACCCGAGUUACAUUCCUUACGACCAUCAUCAUCAACAACAACAACAUAACGACGUUGGGGAACAAAGUAGAGAUAGACCAUCUCAGUUGAUCCCUAACUUAAUACUACAAGGUGACGGGUCAUCUCUGUUUACAAUAGCUACUACUCGAAAAUCAUGAGAAAAACUGGACUGAAUGGUACAUACUAAAAUACAAUAUACCAUUGAUUUGAACUCGUGAUGAUAAGGACUUACUUGGUGGUUGUUGGAAGGUCAAAUGAUAUAGUUUCAAGGUUAAGGGUAAUGAAAUUGACUUCAUAUGGUUGGAUUUUGAAGGGUUUGGAUGGCAAUUUGGUAAUUUUCCUUAGGAAAUUUUGAGUUGCGGAAAUGGCUAUGCAUGCAGGUGAAGUGAAGAUCAGCUAUUCAGCAAUUAUAAUAUACAUGUACACUUUUAUUUUGUAGGUUAAAUUAGGAGGGGUAAAAUGGGAACUAAUUUGUUGAUACUGUACAAAGAUAUACUUUUCAUUGUACGGUUUUCUAGGGCAAAAUUUACAUUAAUUACAUACACAUAACGAGAAAAGUUCUUAGGUAACUAUUGUAUUUUAAUUUUUCCACAAAAAUUUAAUAACGUAUGAAAUUAUGAGGGAAUAAUUGGAUGAUACUAAUUCAAGUUAUGAUUUGCUAUGAC